UAUAUCUAAUAAUUAAGAACCAACAAAAAUAAAAUAAAUUAAGCUCAGAGAACCUUCUUUUAUAUAAAACGUCAGCCAUUUCUACUCUCACUAAUAGCUCACCAUCAAGACAUCAAACACCAAUUUCUAUUUCACGAAAAUGAAAAGUAUGAUCCUGAAGACAACACCAGAACUCUUCCAAGGAUAUGGAGUGCACCGUACGGAUCAUCUUGGCGAAAACCGAUUGGUUAGUCGAUCAUACCGGCUAGGUAAUGGAUCAAGCCGGUUUGCUAAAAUUGGCACAAUCCAUUGCCAACGGUUUAGCAUAGCAAAAACCGGUUUGAAUCGUGAGGUAAAGGCACGAGCCAUCCUUAGCCCUGUGUCCGAGCCGGCCGCUACCCAAACCAAAAAGCGAGUGUUCACCUUCGGAAAAGGUAGAAGCGAAGGAAACAAGGGCAUGAAGUCCUUGUUGGGAGGUAAAGGAGCGAACCUGGCGGAGAUGGCAAGCAUAGGCUUGUCGGUGCCGCCGGGACUAACCAUAUCAACGGAGGCUUGUCAGCAAUAUCAGGUCGCUGGCAAGAAACUUCCAGAAGGUUUAUGGGAAGAGAUUCUAGAAGGUCUUAGCUUCAUUGAACGUGACAUUGGAGCUUCCCUCGCCGAUCCCUCCAAGCCACUCCUCCUCUCCGUCCGCUCCGGCGCCGCCAUCUCUAUGCCCGGUAUGAUGGAUACCGUACUCAACCUUGGUUUAAACGACCAAGUUGUGGUCGGUCUAGCCGCCAAAAGUGGAGAGCGUUUCGCUUAUGAUUCUUUCCGGCGGUUUCUUGAUAUGUUCGGUGAUGUUGUCUUAGGGAUUCCACACGCCAAGUUUGAAGAGAAGCUGGAGAGCAUGAAGGAGAGCAAAGGAGUCAAAAACGACACCGAGUUAAGCGCCACUGAUCUCAAAGAAUUGGUUGAGCAGUACAAGAGCGUUUACUUGGAGGUCAAGGGUCAAGAGUUUCCUUCAGAACCGAAGAAGCAACUGGAGCUAGCGAUUGAAGCGGUGUUCGACUCUUGGGAUAGCCCUAGAGCCAUCAAGUACAGAAGCAUUAACCAGAUAAGUGGACUGAAAGGAACCGCGGUGAACAUUCAGUGUAUGGUGUUUGGAAACAUGGGAGACACUUCAGGAACUGGUGUUCUCUUCACCAGGAACCCUAGUACCGGAGAGAAGAAGCUCUAUGGCGAGUUUCUCGUCAACGCUCAGGGAGAGGAUGUGGUUGCUGGGAUAAGAACUCCAGAAGAUUUGGACACAAUGAAGAGAGUAAUGCCUCAGGCUUACGCGGAACUUGUAGAGAACUGCGACAUCUUAGAGGGGCAUUACAAAGACAUGAUGGAUAUCGAAUUCACGGUACAAGAGGAGAGAUUGUGGAUGCUGCAAUGUAGAGCGGGUAAGAGAACUGGUAAAGGUGCGGUGAAGAUAGCAGUUGAUAUGGUAGGUGAAGGUCUUGUAGAUAAAUCUACUGCAAUCAAAAUGGUGGAGUCUCAACAUCUUGAUCAGCUUCUUCACCCACAGUUUCAUGAUGUGUCGGGGUACCGUGAAAAAGUGGUGGCAAAGGGGUUACCAGCGUCUCCAGGAGCGGCGGUUGGACAAGUUGUGUUCACGGCGGAGGAAGCCGAAGCUUGGCAUUCUCAGGGCAAGAACGUGAUUCUGGUUCGAACGGAGACAAGCCCUGAAGAUGUUGGAGGCAUGCACGCGGCUGAAGGAAUACUAACGGCGAGAGGAGGAAUGACGUCACACGCGGCGGUUGUUGCUCGUGGUUGGGGGAAAUGUUGCAUCGCUGGGUGCUCAGAGAUUCGCGUCGACGAGAACCAUAAGGUUCUUUUGAUUGGAGAUUUGACGAUAAAUGAAGGUGAAUGGAUCUCGAUGAACGGAACAACAGGUGAAGUUAUAUUAGGAAAACAAGCAUUGGCUCCUCCGGCUUUAAGUGCAGAUCUUGAGACUUUCAUGUCUUGGGCUGAUUCUGUCAGACGUCUCAAGGUUAUGGCGAAUGCGGAUACACCUGAAGAUGCCAUUGCAGCUAGGAAGAACGGCGCUGAAGGGAUCGGUCUUUGCAGAACAGAGCAUAUGUUCUUUGGCGCAGAUAGGAUCAAAGCAGUGAGGAAGAUGAUAAUGGCAGUGACAACAGAGCAAAGGAAAGCUUCUCUAGACGUCUUGCUUCCUUCACGUUCUGAUUUCGAAGGGAUCUUCCUUGCGAUGGACGGUUUACCAGUAACAAUCCGUUUGUUAGACCCUCCGCUUCACGAGUUUCUCCCUGAAGGUGAUUUGGAUGCUAUAGUACACGACGUAGCUGAAGAAACAGGCAUGAAAGAAGAUGUCAUCUUGUCACAGAUUGAGAAACUCUCUGAAGUCAACCCAAUGCUUGGUUUCCGUGGUUGCAGGCUUGGAAUAUCAUAUCCAGAGUUAACAGAAAUGCAAGCACGUGCGAUUUUCGAAGCAGCAGCGUCGAUGCAGAAACAAGGGGUUACUGUUCUUCCUGAGCUUAUGGUUCCACUUGUAGGAACUCCUCAGGAACUGGGACAUCAAGUUAAUGUAAUCAGGAACGUUGCAAAGAAAGUAUUUGCUGAAACGGGUCAUACCGUGAGCUACAAGGUUGGGACAAUGAUUGAGAUCCCACGAGCCGCGCUCAUUGCAGAUGAGAUUGCGGAAGAGGCAGAGUUUUUCUCGUUUGGGACAAAUGACUUGACACAGAUGACAUUUGGAUACAGUAGAGACGAUGUUGCAAAGUUUUUACCGAUUUACCUCGCCAAAGGAAUUUUACAAAACGACCCUUUUGAGGUUCUUGAUCAAAGAGGUGUAGGGCAACUUGUCAAGAUGGCCACAGAAAAAGGAAGAGCGGCUAGGCCUAACCUCAAGGUUGGAGUGUGUGGAGAACAUGGAGGAGAGCCAUCAUCGGUUGCAUUCUUUGCUGAAGUAGGACUUGACUAUGUCUCUUGUUCUCCUUUCAGGGUUCCUAUUGCAAGGCUAGCAGCCGCUCAAGUUGUUGCAUGAUGACAUCUUGAUGGCAUUAUUCUGUGAAUAAAAAAUGAAAACUAGAUUUUUGGAAGAAAAUCAAAGAAAUUGCUUUUUUUAACUUUUUGUCUAAAAAAUAAUUUCAUGGAUUAACCGAAGUGUUAAUAAAAGAAAGAAUACUGUUGGGAUA